AUGCAGAUGCACCAGGUGGAUUCAAAGAUGGAUGCGGCUGCACGGAGGAAAGCGGAGAUGGACGCGAAAAUGGCGGCCAGACACAAGGAGGCAGAGGAGAAGCGAGCGCAGGCCAAAGCCAGGGCCGCAGCCAGGUCGGGCAAGCUCAGCGCGUUCCAAGAGUCCACGGUCUUGGUGAUCCUUCGCAAUUGCGCUGGGGCGAUCUCGGACGUGGCUGAGGGCGAGGUCAGUGGGCCAUUCGGGGCAGUCAUCCCUGGGGUUGGCCGGGAAAAGAGUGAGGAGAUCGGAAGGUCACCCUUGAAGGAAAAAGCUCCUGAGAAGAAGGAAGAGGCAUCGAAAGAGAAGGGCGAGAAAGAGACAGACCAGAAAGCAACCAAAGCUCCCGAAGGUAAGAAGGCCAAGAAAAGCAAAAAGGAUAAAACAAGAACUUCCCGUAAAGAAAAGAACGCUAAGAGGAAGAGCCGAAGUAGAUCGACGAAGAGGAGAAGCCCUGAGAUCGGGGAAAGGAAGGAAGAGAAGCGGGGGUCAGCCCUGGAAUCUAGAGGAAGCACAGAGGACAAGUCAGGGGCCCACUUAUCCCUGGCAGGAACCAACGGCCUGCAGAGCCAGCUGAAAACCCCCGGCCCCGACGGGACGGAGGUGAGUACCAGCGUUACGACAACCAAGGGUACGGGGCGAGGGGCCCUGGAAGAGCCGCACCAAGGAGCGAGGAUAGGAGGGCUGGCGCGGGGACGAAGAGCCCUGAGACGGCCAGCAGCAGACGAGGCCGGGGAGAGACCUGGCCGGGAUCACAGGACCCUUUGGGGGGCAGGACAUACCUUGAGGGCCGCAGAGAUAGGCUUGGAGUGGCCUUUGAAGGAGAAGGGUGUGGUCUUCGAGGAGGCCAAAUACUUUCACCGGGAGUGCAAGGUGGCAGGGGUAGCCCUGGGUGCCCUGGUGUCGGAGGGUCAGGUGGCCUUGAGGAUCCGGCCCAGUGGCACGACAGACGAGGGUCUGUUGAAAGUCCAGUCGGGGACCCCGCACUUGGAACUGAGAGUUCUGUUGCGCGCCGCCGAUUGCACGCACGAAGUAGUAGGAGAGGAUUUGGUCCAUGGGAUACGGCUCAGGAAGCGGCGCGAGGUGGAAGCCGAAGAAGCGUGGGUCGACAAUCUCAUGAAGGUGGCGCCCACCGAGCAGGUCGACGAGUUGGAGGUUUUGAGGAGGGAGAUGGAACGGCAGGGGCAAGUCGCUCCAAUGAAAGAGAAGGUCAAAGACAAAGAAAAGAAGGACAAGAAAACCCACAAAGACCGAGUAAAAGACCGAAAAGAGAAGAAGGAGAAGGAGAAGGUGAAAGCCAAGCGGAGGAAAUCCACAAGUCCGGGUACGUCCUCGGGGGAUAUAGCCCUGGAUGGGAGUCGUGCCAAGGCUGCAGCCCAGAAGACCCCAAAGAAGCUCUAUCAGGGGACGGGCAUGGACCCCUCAGACAGGGCCCGCAGCAGGGUCAUCAGAUUGGCCAGAAAAUAUGUCAAGAGAAAAGGUCGGAAAAGUUCGUCUGGAUCGCAGAGCUCGUCCGGAAGUUCACAAGGAGGGAACGUCGAGGAAGAGGGCGACACGAUCUUCCAGCAAGCUGCCCGGGUGAAAGGAGUAGCGGAAUCGUUCCCCGGAGUUCUAGCGUUCCAGGGGUUGAGCCAGAUGAGAUCGAACUUGCUCCAAUCCCUAGGAGAGGAGGAAAAGAGUUCGUCGACGCAGGCUGUGGCAGUCCAGUACUUCCGGCAAGUCUUGCAGCGCAAGGCGACGGGUGCCGUAGCUCGAGAACUCUUGAGCCUAUGCGCCGCGGCGGACUUCCUAGUGAGAUCCCGCCCUGCUCAGGCGCUGGAUCUUCUGAUCCAGCGCAUCAAGAGGAAAGGCCUCAGGAGGCAAAGGAGAUUGGAAGAGAAGAGAGGAUGCCGGAGGAGCAAAGACCGGUUGAGAAGCCGAGCAGAGGCAGAGCAUGAGGAGGCCCUCUCGGUUGAAGAGAUGCCGAAGUCUUCCAGCCAGGGUCAAUAUGCUGGCCUUGAUCCGUAUCAGGCCCUGUUGCAAUCAAUGCUUGUGGCAGCCCCGCCUUUUGAAGAGGCAGCUGGGCCAAAUGGCCUACAGCAGAGCCUGGUCGCUGAGGACGAGAGGAGUUUGCUCUCUGGUUUUUUACCUGAUUUGAGUGAAGCGGAAUGGUCAUGGUUGUCGUGCGUUGUAAUUUCAUUGAAUUCGCUUUGGGGUGAUAUGGUGGUAAAUGAGGCCUCGUUGAAUGAAGGGCAACAGGCCUGCUUGAGAGAGAUCUGCAAAGAUGUCAAGCGUUUUGUUGGGGUCGGGGUGAUCAUCCCUGAGUUAGACUGGGCUGACCUGUUUUCAGUCCGUGCCAUCGACUACAAAGGUGACGAAGUGAAAGUGGCCAAGUGGUUCUCUUGGAAAAAUGUUGAGCCAGCAUUGCCUGGCGACGUAGGGAGUGUUCCCCUUGAAGCUGUUUGCAGCCGGGGGUGUAGGGACUACGUCCUUAACUUUGACCUCUACUUGAAACCUAGGAACCAAUGGGUCGUAUCUAAGGCGCCUAGAGUCAUGGUUCAUGAUGAUGCAUGGGCAGACGUCUGCCGCGGGCUAGUGUCCAGAGGGGUGUGCGAGUUCAUUUUGGAAGAGGAUGUUUUUAUGACUGAUUCAGGGCCGCUGCUCAACGGAAUGUUUGGGGUAGCCAAGGAUGAGACCACCUCCGAGGGCGUGGACAUCUAUCGGUUGAUAAUGAACCUUAUUCCGCUGAAUGGGCUGUGCAAGCCCUUGUCUGGUGACAUUGACACCCUGCCCGCUUGGAGCGCGAUGAGUCCCUUCUUCCUGCAGCCCAAUGAACGCUUGCUUGUUAGCAGCGAAGAUGUCAAAUGCUUCUUUUACACGAUGAGUGUUCCUCUUUGCUGGCGAAAGUUUCUUGCUUUCAACAAGCUCGUCCCUGAGGCUGUGUUGCCGGGGCAUUUACAGGGCUGUAGGGUGUACCUGUCUAGCUGUGUGCUGCCUAUGGGAUUUCUGAACAGCGUCAGCCUAGCGCAGCACGUUCACCGCAACCUGGUCAAGUGGAGUGCUUUGGAGGCUGCGACAGACAGCGAGGGGGCCAACAACCCGGAGAGUGAGUUGAGAAAGGACCAGGGGUUCACCUGUCACAAUCCUUCCUGGCGAGUGUACUUGGAUAACUACGAUCUUCUCGAGAAAGUAUCCCGGUGCGAGGUGAAUGACCUUGAAGGUAGUUGCUCCCAGGGUAUCCUCUCCCUCCGGAAUGAGUACGAGAAGUGGGCGGUCCCAAGGAACUUGAAGAAGGCCGUGCAGAGGUCGUCUCUGUGUGAGCUACAGGGUGCCACGGUUGACGGAGACAUCGGGGUAGCCUACCCUCGAGAACAGAAGCUGGCCAAGUACUUUGGGUUAGCGGUUCGUCUCUGCCAGCAGCCUCGUGCCACUCAACGUCAGUGGCAAGUGGUAUGUGGAGGGCUGGUCUACUUUAGUAUGUUCAGACGGCCGUUGCUGGGGGCUUUAAACCAGGUUUGGCGCCAUAUCCUUGACUUUGACCGGAAGCGCAAGGUGACCUUGCCCACCCCUGAUGAUUGUCGUUUGGAAAUCUACCGUUUCUUGGGAAUGCUGCCGCUAGCACGGCUUGAUUUCAGGCUGGACGUGCACCCGAUGGUUACCUGCAGCGACGCCUCCAGCGCGGGCGGUGGCAUCUGCGCAACUACCUCUCUUACUUCGGUCGGGGGCAUGGUGGCAGAAGGAGCAUUGCGGGGUGAAAUCCCUGAGCAGGCAGGCGACAUGGCGGUCCUCUCAGUGGGACUUUUUGAUGGGAUCGGGGCCCUUAGGGUCGCCCUGGAAACCAUCGGGGUGCGAGUCUUGGGGCAUAUCUCGGUCGAGUGCAACUCAUCAGCUCAACGUGUGGUGGAGUCGCACUAUCCCGGAGUCGAAGUGGUGAACUCUGUGGGUGACAUCGACCAGGACAUGGUGGACCGGUGGGCCUGUCGCUAUUCGCAAUGUUCCCUGGUAAUCAUCGGGGCUGGACCUCCGUGCCAGGGUGUUUCGGGGUUGAACCCUGAUCGUCGGGGAGCACUUAAAGAUGAACGUUCCAAGCUUUUCAGUGAGGUACCGCGUGUGAGGGAGAUGGUGAGAAAGGCGUUCCGCUGGUGUCCAGUUCACACUUUGAUGGAGUCCGUGGGUUCCAUGGAUGCUCAGGACCGCGGGAUCAUGAGCCGUGGAUAUGGUGGAGAGCCUAUAUUAUGUGACGCAGGCACUUUCACCUGGUGCCACCGCCCCAGGCUUUAUUGGCUGAGUUGGGAAAUCAAAGCGGGUCCCGGGGUGGUUUUGGACCAAUCUGGGGAAAUCACCGUGCUCUCGCUAUCAGGGAACCAGCCCCUGGAAGAAGUGGUGCGUGCGGGAUGGCACAAGGUGGACUGCAGCCAAGCUUUCCCUACAUUCACUACCAGCCGGCCUCGUGAUCGGCCUGGUCGGAAACCUGCCGGGGUGCAACAAUGUAGCCUUGAGGAGCUCGAGAGGUGGCACCUAGAUCGUUUUAGGUUCCCACCAUACCAGUAUCGGAACUCCCACUGCCUUGUCAACGGAGCCGGGGUCUAUCGAGUCCCUGACGUCUCUGAGAGGGAGCUCAUGCUAGGAUUCCCCUUGCACUACACGGCCUCUUGUUGUAACAAAUCGGAGCGCAAGAAAUCCACCUUUGACGACACCCGUCUGAGUCUCCUGGGAAACACGUGGUCAGUACCGGUCGUCGCAGUGCUCCUGUCUCAUCUGUUUUCGUGGUUGGGCUGGAUUGAAUCACUAUGUCCUCAGGACGUGCUGGACGCCUGUCGGUCGGGGACUCAUCGGAUGGUCCAAGGACGUCUGAGUAGAUUACCCCUGAACCCGACACGGAGUCUGUCUGCCGUGGACCCCUACACCUUGGCGUUCAAAUUGAGCAACUUGGUAUCAAUCAAGGGGGAAGAUAUAUUGCUUUCAACCCCUACCUCGCAGCUGGCACGCUUUCAGAGGCUGAGGGCUAGCAUCCCUUCUAAGCUAUGGAAAUGGAAAAUUGUCACAGGAUGGCGGUGGAAGCACGGGAAAGAACAUAUCAAUCAACUUGAAUUGCGGGCAAUUUUGACCACCCUCAAGUGGAGAUUGGAGAAGCAGAAGCAGACAGGUUGCAGAAUGAUCCACUUGACAGAUAGUUUGGUGUGCCUCCAUACUUUGUCAAGAGGUCGCAGUAGCUCUCGGAAACUUCGUAGAAUAAUGGCGCGGGUGAACGCCCUGGUCCUGGCGGGGAAUAUCCAAGCGGUGUGGUCCUAUGUCCACACUGAUGAUAAUCCCGCUGACCGGCCCUCUCGUUGGGGGCAGCGGGUGAAGACCAAAUUCCGCAAUGCCUUCAAGAUCGACAGCCUGACCUACGGCAUCAUUUACCUGGAGCGUGGAGGCCUCUAUUUGCCGUAUUUGGCCGUAUUUGGCGAACUGGUCACAGCGAAGAUCAUCUUUGUUGAAGGUGCCUCGCCAAACGUUCAGGAGCAGGAAGCCUUUAACUCCAUUAGAGUUCAAAAUGAUCCGGAAGUGUCCAGUAUCUUCUGUUUCUUGGCAGCUACCAGAUGCAAAGAUGACCAGAACGCUGCAGCCAUUUGCACAUCGGGAAGUCCUCGACUGGAUCCACCCAAUGUUUACAUGUUGGAGGAGGCUGUUGAUGGCCGGACACGGAGCCCACAGAGUCCACAGAGUCCACAGAGUCCACCAACCCAGGAUGCGUCGGAUAUGGAUAGCUCCGGCGGCUUUCGGAACGUAGUGACACUGUCGCCGCGCUUCAUGCGUGGCCUUCAGCUACCACCAAUUGCUCCUCAGACUGAAGAUGCCGGGUUGAAACAUCUCUUGGAGGAGACUCCAAGCAAAUGGUUCUUGGACGACCAGAAAUAUUGCAGAAGGGAAGUUCUGGAGGAAAAUGUCAUAGACGCGGAGAUGCUCAAACGCAUUGACUUCUUCAGAAAUUUCGGUCCUGUUUUCCUAGAUGAACUUUUGAACUCACCUGAAAGCAUCCGAAAGGUACUGGUGAUGCCUGGCACUGUUCUGUUGCGAGAAGGUUCCCCAGGAGAUUCCAUGAUGGUUAUCUCCAAAGGCCGCGUGGCGGCAUCAGUGAAUGGCCGUGUCGUGAAGCACUUGGGUGAGGGGUCAUACUUUGGUGAGUUGGUUUUCCUCGGGGCAACGCUGCUGCGGACUGUCACUGUGACUGCCACCACUUUCUGUGAUGUUCGGAUAAUCUACAACAAGAGCUUCCGACGGAUCGCUGAAAAGUAUCCAGAGGUGCAGGCAGCCUUGAGCAAGUUCGACUUGGCAAAUGAUGUCAGAAUGAAUGCCAAGGCUGCGGGACGACUUGGAAAAGCACUGGCGGAAUCGCUAGCACAAAUCUUUCAGAGCAUCCACGAGGCUCAGCGACUUGGCAAGCACCAGCCACGAGCAGCCACGAGCAGCAUCAAGCAUCCGCACAGGCUAAAGAUUUUAAUCUCAAGCUUGGGGCAGGCCCCGUGCCCACCUGAGGAAGAACGCUGCCACAAGGCUGUCGCUGACACCAAGAAAACCCAGACUGGGGAGCAAACCCUUGCCGACGCUUGGCUUGAGUACAGUGGCACGUUGGCUCACUGUAGAGCAGAUGAUACCGGCUUAUCCAGUGAAACUGGAACUUUACAGGGCCAGGCUGAGCUGCUCAGCUCUGCUCAGCAUGGAAUGGGCGCCGGAAAGUCGAAGCCGGACACAGUUGGUCCGGAAGCACCUCAGACCUUCGACGUCGGUGACUUGCUGCGAGUGCGUGGCACUGGCCAGCGAUGGGAAGGGCAAGAGCUCACGGCCAAGAUUGCCACUUGGCGGAAUUCUUGGUCAGGGCCGAAAUUGGAGUAUUUCGGUGGCGGCUUCAAACGUUUCCAGCGCUCUGAGCUGAAACAGCUUGUGGUAAGGCGACCAACAAACACCCACAGCAUCAAGGACUUUUUUGCAGGUCAGCACCUUGUCCUGCAUGGUCCUGGGGGCAGAUGGUCUGCAGAUCGCUAUGUGGCUUUCGUAGUUGAUAUUCGCGAGUCAGAUGAAACAGUGAAGAUCCGCUAUGCCCACGGCGAGUUCAAACGUUUCUGCCUGGCAGAGCUGGAGAUGCUGUUGAUGGAGGGGCAAGCACCUGAAAGUUGGGAGAAGUGGUCCGUUGGAGGCCACAUCUACUUGAGAGGUUCAGGGAAAUGGUGGUCAGGCAGAAACUUUGGUGCUACAAUCGUUGAUAUCAGACAUUCUGAUUCCACCAUCAAGGUGCAGUACACCUCGGGUGGUUUCAAGCGCUUUGACCUGGCGGAGUUCAAACGCCUGGUGACGGAACAGAUUGCCAUCCCCGAGAUGUGGGAGGAUUGGUCCUCAGCCAGCACGCCGGCAAUGUCUGAGAUGGACAAGCUUCAUGAUGAAAUUGUGCAAGCCAUCAGGAUGCACGAUGAAGCAAAAGCUGCAGAGUUAGAAGCGAAGUACCACUCAAUGCUGAGCCAUGGAGAGCAGGUGCAAGACCUGCAAGCAGCUCUGGCCAAGGCGGUGAAGGAGGCGAAUUAUUUGAAGGCACAUUGGAUUCAGCAGGAGCUGCAGCAGGCCCUAGGAGAAGAUGCCGGGACGCCGGUUGCCAUAGACGACGAGCUGGCAUCAAGCCUAUGGACAGUACUACGGAGCAGCACAAGCCAAGCACUUUGUGGAGGAGUUGCUGGUGCUAGUGCCAUGGCGCUGCAAAUCACUUCUCUCAUGUGGCUUCGCACCAUCAUGAACUUCCAGUAUCGUUAUGGUAUGACCAUGCGAGAAGCUAUGCGGAACUUGUACGCUCAAGGCGGUUUGCCCCGAUUCUAUCGAGGAAUAGGACCAGCCCUCGUGCAGGGUCCCUUGAUGCGUUUCGUGGACUCAUCUGCAAAUGCGGGUGUCUUGGCCCUGUUCGAAGCAACGCAUGCAGAAAAGAUGUGGCCGGUAUGGAUCCAGACAAUUUUUGCAUCCGGAUCUGCUGCCAGCCUUCGUAUAGCAUUGAUGCCGCUGGAUGCUGUGAAGACCGUGCUGCAGGUUGACGGUCAACAUGGGCUUGCGCAACUCUUCGCGCGAUGUCGCGCAGGUGGCUCCUCAGUCCUAUUUCGCGGUGCCAUGGCAUCAUCUGCAGCCACCUUUGUCAGUCACUACCCAUGGUUUACAGUCUUCAAUUGUCUCAACAACCAGCUGCCGCAUUACGACAGACGAUCCCAAGAGCUGCUGCGCAAUGCCGGCAUCGGCUUUUGCGCUUCCGUUUGCUCAGACACGGUGUCCAACUCCCUUCGGGUGCUGAAGACUCAUCGACAGACACGUGAGCAGGGCUCCUACCUUGGCAUUGCACAGUCUGUGAUUCGCAGCGAUGGCGUCGCAGGACUUCUCAGUCGUGGCCUCACCACACGCAUCAUUGCCAACGGCCUCUCUGGUAUGGUGUUUUCUGUGCUCUACCGAUUGUUUGAGGAGCCCCUGAAGAAAUGACCUCUGCGCUGCAGAGCAGAUUGGGUUCCAGGUUCUGCGUUGGCGAGUCAAGGUGUCCAAAGUGGCAUGCGCGAAGCUGCACCUUGCUUGGUCGUCAACA